AGAAUCUCAACGGUCAGAGUGUGUUCAGCGUGGCCCCUGUCAAGGGCGUCAUGGACCCCGGGAAGACGCAGGACUUCACUGUCACCUUCAGCCCCGACCACGAGAGCCUCUACUUCUCCGACCGGCUCCAGGUGCUGCUCUUUGAAAAGAAAAUCUCCCACCAGAUCCUGCUGAAAGGGGCCGCCCGUGAGCACAUGAUGUUCGUGGAGGGCGGGGACCCCCUGGACGUGCCCGUGGAGUCUCUGACAGUGAUCCCUGUAUUUGACCCCAAGCACAGAGAGGCCAGCUCCCGGCCAGGCCCUCCCUCUCCAGAAGCCGAGGAGCUGAGGCCCAUCCUGGUGGCCCUGGACUACAUCCAGUUUGACACAGACACGCCAGCCCCACCUGCCACACGAGAGCUGCAGGUGGGCUGUAUCCGGACCACCCAACCAUCUCCAAAGAAGACCGUUGAGUUCAGCCUGGACAGUGUCACAUCCCUGCAGCACAAGGGUUUCUCCAUUGAGCCCUGCCGGGGCUCCGUGGAGCGCGGCCAGACGAAGACCAUCAGUAUCUCCUGGGUGCCGCCUGCGGACUUUGAUCCAGACCACCCACUCAUGGUGUCAGCCCUGCUGCAGCUCAGGGGGGAUGUGAAGGAGACCUACAAGGUCAUCUUUGUAGCCCAGGUGGUGACCGGCCCCUAAGCCUCUGCACAGAGCACCCUCGGGCCCUCCUGCCCACCCUCAAAGCCCUCCCCAGGCUGAGGGCCAGUCCAUACUACCCUAGAGCCUGGGACCUGGCCAUCCUCUGCCAGGCAGGUUUCAAUAGGCCACCCUCCACAUGGUGGCACGGCCACUUCCUGCUGCCCUGGACCCAGCAAGCCCAGGUACAUCCAAGAACACCCCCUCCUGAGAUCCCAGACUCAGAACCAGCGAGAAGGCCAGGCCAGCCCACAGCCAUCCUAGGCAGAGCCCCUCAGAGCCCCCAGGAGAGCCCCCCACAGCCUGUCAAUAAACGUUUUCUAGGCCAGCACUUGCA